AUGCAAGACAUUAUGAGUGCGCCUGUGAGACGUAUCGAUGAGAUUCUUGCUCUACCUUAUUCGGGGGAUGACUUCAAGUGUCAGGAAGUUCCUGUUUCUGACAAUGACGCUUGGCUCUACGAUGGUGAAGAUGAGUUAAACUCUGUUCUUCAAGAGAGGCAGAAAGAGAUGGAGUUCUAUAACUCGAAGAAGGAAAGAAAACAGAAACAAAAGGAGAAGCAAGAAGCUGGGAGCUCAUCUGAUGCAGACGUGAACAAUUUUGAUCUCGGUGAUAUCUCAAAGUCGAUAGAACAAUUCAUCAAGAAGGUAUCAAGUUACGAAGGAGCAGAAGUGCCAGAAAACAGGGAUUUCAAAGAAGUGAAUCUAGACGUCGACCGUUUCAUGAAAGAUAUUGAAUCAAUGCUGGGGAGCCAAGGUCGUCCAGAACAAGCUGCUGAUGAUGACAGUGAUGGCACAGAAGGGUCUUCCCUGGACAUGGAUUUUGAUGACUUUGAAGAUGACAGUGAAGGAGAAGAGUCUAACGGGGAUGAGAAGGAAACGUUUAUGGAAUCCUACUCUGGGGCAAUGAAUGAGGAACUUAAAAACUCAACUCUUGAGAAGAGCUUUGAACAUGUGAAUCAACAUUCUUCAAAGCAAAACGAGGGAUCAUCAAAGACUUCAGACGAUGAAUUUACACCAAUUGAUGCUGAUUUCAACCUUGUGAAGAACCUACUUGAAUCCUACUCUUCACAACAAGGACUUCCUGGUCCUGCUUCCAAUUUACUCGGACUCAUGGGUUUGCAACUUCCAAAGGAUUCCAAAGACAAACAAUAA